AUGUCAAUUGAUGAUAGCGAAAACGUGUUGGAAUAUAAUACAAAAGUGGCCGAAAAUGGUAACUUAACAAUGAGUACACUCUCAUUUGUACCACAAGUAUCCGAUCAAGGUAUGACCUUAUCAUGUCGUGGAAAUAAUCCGUAUAUUCCGCUCAGUGAAUUGAGAGAUACGGUGAUGCUACACAUAUUAUAUCCACCUCAAGUGACGUUAACAAUGGGAAGUAAAUUAAAUGCAAGUAAUAUCCGUGAAGGUGUUGAUGUGUAUUUUGAAUGUCAUAUAACAGCAAAUCCAUGGAUACAUCGCGUGUCAUGGUCUCAUGAUAAUAAGCUUGUUCAUAACAAUGUAAGCAGUGGUAUUAUUGUCGCUAAUCAAACAUUAGUAAUACAGGGCGUAUCGAGACGUGCUUCUGGAUAUUAUACAUGUUCAGCAACCAACACAGAAGGAAGUUCAACAAGCAAUGCUCUACAAUUGAACAUCAAAUAUGAACCAAUUUGUAAUACAGCACGAAGUGUAUAUGGUGCUGCACGAAUGGAAGAAAUUCGUGUAGAUUGUUUUGUUGAUGCAAAUCCACCAGCCACAUUCUUUCGAUGGACAUUUAACCACACUCCAGCUGGUGAUUCACGUUCUAUAUCAACGUAUGAUGUUAGCAUUGGUGGUGGACAUAGUGUAGCAUCAUUUACCCCAAGUACAGAACGUGACUAUGGUUCAUUACUAUGCUGGAGUCGUAAUGAACUUGGACCACAACGCACACCAUGUGUAUUUCAUAUUGUGCCAGCAGGUCGACCAGAAGCACCAUCGAAUUGUUCAGCAAUAAAUAAAACUCAUAGUUCAAUUCAUAUAAAAUGUAAAAGAGGUUUUGACGGUGGCCUAAAUCAAAAAUUUGUAAUGAUUCUAACGUACGGUUUAAAUGAUCAAUUGGUUGCAAACGUAACAAGCGAUGGUAUACCUGAAUUUCAUAUUGGUGGUCUUGAAGUUGAGACAUUCUACAAAGUCAAUGUAUUUGCAAUAAAUGAAAAAGGUGUCAGCCGAAACUCGAAAACAAUAUACGUUCGAACUUUGGCUCCACUACAAGAACAAAAGAAACUCACAGUGUCAACAACAAUGGCAGAGCCAAAUAUUGAAGAAGAAAAACCACCUUGGUUAUACAUACUAUUGGGUGUGAUUUCAUCUUUAAUCGUAACUAGCUUUGUAUUAUGCAUAGUCUUCCAUUGGUGCUACAAAAAAGAUUCAAAGAAAUAUUGUAACACAAAACGUCUUAGUAAAGACGCCACAGAAUGUUCAACUAGUGCAUCAGUUGCCACAAAAACAUCUCCACAUCAUAAUGAUUCAACUGAUCUUGAAGUUAGAUCGAAUAUUAUUGAAGAGGAGGAAAAUAAUCCUGAUAUAAUACCUCAUGACGUAUUUUUCUAUCAACAAAUGGGAAGUCGUGCAAUUUCACCAUCACAAAUAUUAGCAUGUAGUGCACCUUUACAAGUACCAUUAUCAAUGGCAGAAACAUAUCAAUUAAGUAAUAUUGCACAACCUAUAUUGUAUCAAGGUCACCUGGAAACAUCACUGCCAUUAAGUCAUAUACAUGGGGCACAAUGGAUGACAGAUGUUACUGUUACAACAAUUCCACACGAAUUACAAGCAGAAAAUGUUGUAUGCCAUGCAAAAACAGACGUACAAACACAAACGUCAUUAGUUAGGCGUAAAGAAAGUACUGUUUAA